AUGAAAACGUUGACGGUGCCACGAUUAGAGCUAAACGCUGCCUUGUUGCUUAUUCGAUGGUUGAAUCGCGUAAAAGUUGCUCUCGGUGAUCGCGUUACCAUUGUAGACACCUUCGCGUGGACGGACUCGUUAGUGGUCCUGUCGUGGCUGACUGUCCCACACGAAACGUUUAAACAAUACGUAUCGAACCGCGUACAUCAGAUUCAGUCCGUUUUACCAGAUUGUCAUUGGCGAUAUGUGUCAACGCUCGAAAACCCCGCCGACUGUGCGUCACGUGGAAUGAUGCCGUCAGAAUUACCAAAAUUUAUGUUGUAUUGGCUCGGCCCAGAAUUUAUUAGGGACCAUCCGAAAGAAUGGGGGAGGGAUAAGGAUCGUCUACCGUGUUCCGAAUUGCCCGAAGUCCGGCCCAUCAACCUCUUAGUACAAUCUAAAGACCACCCUUCGGAGUGGUUCGCGCGUUUUUCUUCGUACGAUCAUAUGAUUCGCGUAGUUGCCAGGAUGCGCCGUAUGCUGCCAAAAGGCCGUCGCCGACCUACCGAGGUGACACCGGUCCUCACGCGUAUCGAGCUCGACGAUGCGUUACGCGUUAUUGUUCUCCAUUCACAGCAGUCUUUUUUCGCCGAACUCCGCGACGAGUUGCGUAAGAACGUCUGUGCAUCUUCGAAGCCUCUCGCUCGGCUAUGCCCGUUUAUCGAUGACCACGGAGUCAUUCGCGUAGGUGGUCGACUAAGGCAUUCCGACCUACCGUUCGAAACGAAACACCCAAUAUUGCUGUCAAAGUCGUCUUUUUUAUCGACGUUAAUUUGCCGGCGUUGGCAUAAAAUAACGUGCCAUUCUGGCCCGCGCGUUAUGUCCGCGAUGAUCCGUCGACACUUCUGGAUUGUGUCUCUCCGCUCGGUUAUCCACACUAUCUUGACACAAUGUACGGUGUGUGUUCGUUUUGACGGUCGUAACCCACAACCAUUGAUGGCUGAUUUGCCCGGAUCGCGCGUACAACAAUGUAGAGCUUUUACCCGGGUGGGCGUGGAUUACGCGGGUCCGUUGUCAAUGCGCGAACUACGGUUGCKCAAAUCGCGUACGUACAAAGUUUAUAUCGCAAUAUUUGUGUGUUUUGCCGUUAAAGCUGUUCACUUAGAACUUGUGACAGAUCUAUCCACUGAAGCCUUUAUGGCAGCCUUUGAUCGUUUUGUGGCCAGACGCGGUAUGCCCAGCGAAAUAUUUUCUGAUUGUGGUACAAAUUUCGUGGGCGCCGCGCGACAACUACGUCAGUURAUUAACAGUCCCGCGUCGCAAUUAACCAUAACGUCAGUAGCUAUGUCAUGCACAUGGCAUUUUAAUCCCCCCGCGGCCCCUCAUUUUGGUGGGCUUUGGGAAGCAGCAGUACGCUCAGCCAAAAGAUUACUAACCCGCGUUGUAGGCUCACACGUUUUGACGUACGAAGAAUUCAGUACAGUGUUGUGUCGGGUUGAAGCAGUUUUAAAUUCGCGACCCCUUACUCCGUCUUCAUCAGAUCCGCUCGAUCUCGAAUGCUUGACACCGGGGCAUUUCCUCGUCGGUCAACCGCUGCUCGCUGUGCCUCCUCGAUCACCCAUAUCCCCAGAUCGCCCUAUAGUUAAUAGGUGGAAAUUACUAGAUMAUUGUCACCAGAAUUUCUGGCACCGGUGGUCGACAGAGUACCUUCAUACUCUCCAAGAACGGGUUAAAUGGACUGAUAGCCGUCCCAACGUCAAAGUAGACGAUAUGGUAGUUCUCCGGGACCCCUUAGCRCCGCCUUUAGAUUGGCGACUUGGUMGCGUGACUGGUGUCGAACCGGGGGCCGAUGGAGUGGUCAGGGUUGUGCACGUAUUGACGUCCCGUGGCAUGCUUACUCGUCCAGUAGUCAAAGUGAUAGUACUGCCUACCGACGGCCAGUAG